UAAUGUAGGUAAUGUGGUUUCUCUUACAGUUAGAUGGUUAACUUUAAUAUUCAGUCUUAACACAGGCACUAUAGGAUUAUCUACAGUGGAAGCAGGACACCGUACCAAGUCAGCAGGAUCUCAGUGGGGGAAUCAUCAUGUCUGGAACUAUUCCACUGAAAUACUUUGUGGAUGUAUCUGGACAAUCCAGCAAUGUUCAUGAAGAUUUCAUGAGGCAUUUUCACACAGAAGUGUGUGGUGUUCUGGAGGAAUCUACAAAGGAAGAGUGUGAUAUAAUCCUGCUUUUCUGCCCUGUUGUAUCAUCAGCAGAAGCAGGAAUUAAUCUAGUCCUACAAGAGCUCCAUAAUGCUGACUCUAGACCUGCUGUUCUAGUAGUGCUUCAUAUCACAUCUACCCCAGAGAGCACAGUGCCAGACAGCAGUGAAUGUGUGAACAGAGAGAAUACAAUUCUAGUGGAUUGUCUGCUUAAUUCACACAACGAGUUACUUCAGUGUCCGAGGAAUAAAAACGCAAUGGAGCAUAUUAAAACGUGGACGAUGGAGGUAAACGUUAAAAAAGAGCCUCAGGAUGCACAGGAAACUCAUCCCCAACCAGGAGCAGAACCAGCUCCCAACACUAAAAAAUCUGCUGAAGACCAGUCUGUAAAAGAACAGCUUCAGAAUGCACAGGGAAGUGAUCAUCAACCAGAGACAGAACCAGCUUUGACCAACCAGGAACCUGCUAAAGCCAAUGAUCAACGACUUGGAGACCAAUCUGUAGAAGAACAGCAUCAGGAUGCAGAGGAACCUCAUGAUGCAAAACCAGCUCCCAACCCACAGAAACCUCAUCAACAACCAGUGGCAAACCCAGAUCUUAAAACUGAGAGAGUUCGUGAGAACCAGCAUGUAAAUGAACAGCAUCACAAUGCAGAGGAAAAACACCUCCAACCAGGUGUACGAGCAGAAAGUCAACCGCAAACAGGUGCAGAAUCAGCUCCCAACACUGAAGAAUCUGAUAAAGACAAAUCUAUAAAAGCACAGCAUCAGAAUGCCAACAAAACUGAUUCCCUAUCAGGGGCAGAACCAACUUCCAACAUGGAGGAAUAUGCUUCUCAAUCGCUAAAAGACCAAUCUGUAAAAGAAAUGCAUGAGGAUACACAUAAAACUCAUCACCAAACAGAGGCAGAUCCAGCUCCCAUCACCCAGAAACUGUCUAAAACUGAUGAGGAACAACUAGGAGACCAAUCUGUAAAAAUACAGCAUCAGAAUGCACAUGGAACUCAUCCUGAACCAGGGGCAGAUUCAGCUCCGACCACCCAGGAACCUGCUAAAACUGAUGAUGAACAACUAGGAGACCAAUCUGGAAAAAAACAGCUUAAGGAUUCACAGGAAACUGGUCCCGAACCAGGGGCAGAAACAGCUCCAACUACCCAGGAACCUGCUAAACCUAAUGAUCAACCUUCAGGAGACCAAUCGGUAAAAGAACAGGAUCAGGAUUCACAGGAAACUGAUCCCAAACCAGAGGCAGAACCAGCUCUGACCACCCAAAACCCUCCUAAAACUAAUGAUCAGGGACUAGGAAAUCAAUCUUUAAAAAAACAGCAUGAGGAUACACAGGAAACUGAUCCAGAACCAGGGGCAGAAACAGCUCCAACCACCCAGGAAUCCGAUAAAACUAAUAAUCAAACUCUAGGAGAUCAAUCUGUAAAAGAUCAGGAUCAGAAUGCACAGAAAACUCCUCCUGGACCAGAGGGAGACCCUGAUCCGAACAUCCAGGAACCUGCUAAAACUAAUGAUCAUCCUCCAGAAGACCAAUCUAUAAAAAAACAGCAUCAGGAUACACAAGACACUGAUCUCAAACCAGAGGCAGAAACAGCUCUGGUCACCCAGCAACCUGUUAAAGCUAAUGAUCAACCUUUAGGAGAUCAAUCUGUGAAAGAAGAGGAUCAGGAUGCACUGAAAACUGAUCCAGAACCAGGGGCAGAACCAGCUCCAAAUACCCAGGAAUCCGGUAAAACUAAUAAUCAGACUCUAGAAGAUCAAUCGGUAAAAGAACAGGAUCAGAACGCACAGAAAACUCCUCCCAAACCAGAGGGAGACCCUGAUCCGAACAUCCAGGAACCUGAUAAAACUAAUGAUCAGCCUCUAGAAGACCAAUCUGUAAAAAAACAGCAUCAGGAUACACAAGACACUGAUCACAAACCAGAGGCAGAAACAGCUCUGAUCAUCCAAAACCCUCCUAAAACUAAUAAUCAGCAACUAGGAGAUCAAUCUGUAAAAAAUCAACAUGAGGAUGCACUAGAAACUCCUCUCAAACCAGGGGCAGAACCAUCUCUGACCACCCAGGAACCUGCUAAAGUUAAUGAUCAACCUCCAGAAGACCAAUCUGCAAAAAAACAGCAACAGGAUCCACAAGAAACUGAUCACAAACCAGGGACAGAACCAGCUCAAACCACCCAGGAAUCUGCUAAACCUAAUGAUCAACCUCUAGGAGACCAAUUGGUAAAAGAACAGGAUCAGGAUGCACAGAAAACUCCUCCUGAACCAGGAACAGAACCAGCUCAAACCACCCAGGAAUCUGCUAAACCUAAUGAUGAACGACUAGGAGACCAAUCUGUAAAAAAACAGGAUCAGGAUGCACAGAAAACCACUCCAGAACCAGAUGCAGAUGAACAACUAGGAGACCAAUCUAAAACAAAACAGCUUGAGGAUUCAAAGGAAACUGAUCCUAAACCAGAGGCAGAAUCAGUUCUGAGCACUCAGCAACCUGCUAAACCUAAUGAUCAAACUCUAGGAGAUCAAUCGGUAAAUAAACAGGAUCAGAAUCCACAGAAAACUCCUCCUGCACCUGAGGGAGACCCAGAUCCAAACAUCCAGGAACCUGAUAAAACUAAUGAUCAGCCUCUAGAAGACCAAUCUGUAAAAAAACAGCAUCAGGAUACACAAGACACUGAUCACAAACCAGAGGCAGAAACAGCUCUGGUCACCCAGCAACCUGUUAAAGCUAAUGAUCAACCUUUAGGAGAUCAAUCUGUGAAAGAAGAGGAUCAGGAUGCACUGAAAACUGAUCCAGAACCAGGGGCAGAACCAGCUCCAAAUACCCAGGAAUCCGAUAAAACUAAUAACCAGACUCUAGAAGAUCAAUCGGUAAAAGAACAGGAUCAGAACGCACAGAAAACUCCUCCCAAACCAGAGGGAGACCCUGAUCCGAACAUCCAGGAACCUGCUAAAACUAAUAUUCAGCCUCUAGAAGACCAAUCUAUAAAAAAACAGCAUCAGGAUACACAAGACACUGAUCACAAACCAGAGGCAGAAACAGCUCUGAUCACCCAGCAACCUGCUAACGCUAAUGAUCAACCUUUAGGAGACCAAUCUGUGAAGGAAGAGGAUCAGGAUUCAUUGGAAACUCCUCUCGAACCAGGGGCAGAACCAGCUCUGACCACCCAGGAAUCUGAUAAAUCUAAUGAUCAACCUCUAGAAGACCAAGUUGCAAAAAAACAGCAUCAGGAUUCACAGGAAACUGAUCCAGAACCAGAGGCAGAAACAGCUCCAACCACCCAGGAACCUUCUAAACCUAAUGAUCAACCUCUAGGAGACCAAUUGCUAAAAGAACAGGAUCAGAAUGCACAGAAAACUUCUCCCGAACUAGGAACAGAACCAGCUCAAACCACCCAGGAAUCUGCUAAACCUAAUGAUCAAACUCUAGGAGAUCAAUCGGUAAAUAAACAGGAUCAGAAUCCACAGAAAACUCCUCCUGCACCUGAGGGAGACCCAGAUCCGAACAUCCAGGAACCUGAUAAAACUAAUGAUCAGCCUCUAGAAGACCAAUCUGUAAAAAAACAGCAUCAGGAUACACAAGACACUGAUCACAAACCAGAGGCAGAAACAGCUCUGGUCACCCAGCAACCUGUUAAAGCUAAUGAUCAACCUUUAGGAGAUCAAUCUGUGAAAGAAGAGGAUCAGGAUGCACUGAAAACUGAUCCAGAACCAGGGGCAGAACCAGCUCCAAAUACCCAGGAAUCCGAUAAAACUAAUAACCAGACUCUAGAAGAUCAAUCGGUAAAAGAACAGGAUCAGAAUGCACAGAAAACUCCUCCCAAACCAGAGGGAGACCCUGAUCCGAACAUCCAGGAACCUGCUAAAACUAAUAUUCAGCCUCUAGAAGACCAAUCUAUAAAAAAACAGCAUCAGGAUACACAAGACACUGAUCACAAACCAGAGGCAGAAACAGCUCUGAUCACCCAGCAACCUGCUAAAGCUAAUGAUCAACCUUUAGGAGACCAAUCUGUGAAGGAAGAGGAUCAGGAUUCAUUGGAAACUCCUCUCGAACCAGGGGCAGAACCAGCUCUGACCACCCAGGAAUCUGAUAAAUCUAAUGAUCAACCUCUAGAAGACCAAGUUGCAAAAAAACAGCAUCAGGAUUCACAGGAAACUGAUCCAGAACCAGAGGCAGAAACAGCUCCAACCACCCAGGAACCUUCUAAACCUAAUGAUCAACCUCUAGGAGACCAAUUGCUAAAAGAACAGGAUCAGAAUGCACAGAAAACUUCUCCCGAACUAGGAACAGAACCAGCUCAAACCACCCAGGAAUCUGCUAAACCUAAUGAUCAACCUCCAGAAGACCAAGUUGCAAAAAAACAGCAUCAAGAUACACAGGAAACUGAUCCAGAACCAGGGGCAGAAUCAGCUCCAACCACCCAGGAACCUUCUAAACCUAAUGAUCAAACUCUAGGAGAUCAAUCAGUAAAUAAACAGGAUCAGAAUCCACAGAAAACUCCUCCUGCACCUGAGGGAGACCCAGAUCCGAACAUCCAGGAACCUGAUAAAACUAAUGAUCAGCCUCUAGAAGACCAAUCUGUAAAAAAACAGCAUCAGGAUACACAAGACACUGAUCACAAACCAGAGGCAGAAACAGCUCUGAUCAUCCAAAACCCUCCUAAAACUAAUAAUCAGCAACUAGGAGAUCAAUCUGUAAAAAAACAACAUGAGGAUGCACUAGAAACUCCUCUCAAACCAGGGGCAGAACUAUCUCUGACCACCCAGGAACCUGCUAAAGUUAAUGAUCAACCUCCAGAAGACCAAUCUGCAAAAAAACAGCAACAGGAUCCACAAGAAACUGAUCACAAACCAGGGACAGAACCAGCUCAAACCACCCAGGAAUCUGCUAAACCUAAUGAUCAACCUUUAGGAGACCAAUUGGUAAAAGAACAGGAUCAGGAUGCACAGAAAACUCCUCCUGAACCAGGAACAGAACCAGCUCAAACCACCCAGGAAUCUGCUAAACCUAAUGAUCAACCUUUAGGAGACCAAUUGGUAAAAGAACAGGAUCAGGAUGCACAGAAAACUCCUCCUGAACCAGGAACAGAACCAGCUCAAACCACCCAGGAAUCUGCUAAACCUAAUGAUGAACAACUAGGAGACCAAUCUAAAACAAAACAGCUUGAGGAUUCAAAGGAAACUGAUCCUAAACCAGAGGCAGAAUCAGUUCUGAGCACUCAGCAACCUGCUAAAACUUAUGAUCAACCUUUAGAAAAUGAAUCUGUAAUGAAACAGCAUCAGGAUACACAGGAAACUGAUCCCGAACCAGGGACAGAACCCGCCCUGAGCAACCAGCAAACUGCUAAAACUGAUAAUGAACGACUAGGAGACCAAUCUGGAACAAAACAGCUUGAGGAUUCACAAGAAACUGAUCCCGAACCAGAGGCAGAACCAGAUCUAACCAAACAGGAACCUGCUGAAACUAAUAAUCAACCUCUAGAAGACCAAUCUGUCACAAAACAGCAUCAGGAUGCACUGGAAACUGAUCCCAAACCAGAUGAAGGACCAACUCUGUCCACUCAGGAACCUGAUCAAUCUAAUGAUCAACCUCUAGAAGUAAAACUUGCAAAAAGGCAGCACCAGGAUGCACUGGAAACUGAUCCCAAACCAGAGAUAGAUCCAGCUCUGUCCACCCAGGAACCUGCUAAUACUGAUGAUGAACAACUAGGAGACCAAUCUGGAAAAAAAGAGCAUCAGGAUACAGAGAAAACUAAUCCAGAUCCAGGGGCAGAACCAGCUCCCACCACCCAGGAACCUGAUGAAUCUAAUUAUCAACCUCUAGAAGAACAAUCUAUUAAAAAAGAGCAUCAGAAUACACAGGAAACUCAUCCCGAACCAGGGACAGAACCAGCCCUGAGGACUCAGCAAACUGCUAAUACUGAUAAUGAACGACCAGGAAACCAAUCUAGAACAAAACAGCUUGAGGAUUCACAAGAAACUGAUCCCGAACCAGACGAAGGACCAGCUCUGUCCACUCAGGAACCUGAUCAAUCUAAUGAUCAACCUCUAGAAGUACAACUUGUAAAAACAGAGCACCAGGAUGCACCGGAAACUGAUCCCAAACCAGAGGGAGAUCCAGCUCUGUCACCUCAGGAACCUGAUAAAACUGAUGAUCUGCCUUUAAGAGAUGAACAGCAGCAGGCACCAGAAGUUGAGAUUCAGCCAUGUGACCGUAUGAUGCAGACUUUUAGAGAAAACCAAAAUGAUGUGUGGAAUCAACCAGAGACUGUGACCCCUACAACAACUAGACUACCAGAAAUAUGGAUUCCACCAACUGAUAUCCCGGAAAAUAGUGUUAUAAUACAAGAACAACGCGAUGUUGUGCAAAUUCAGCCAAAGCCUGUGAGCUCUAAAACAACUAUACUACCAGGUGGUCAUGAGCCAAGAGCCCAGAUGGUUCCAGUCGUCCGCUCCGAACUCCUCCGGGCACUGGCGUUGAUUUAUCGGGAGCAGGUCCGCACUCCCCAGCCACCUGAUCGGCGUCUAACGAAGCCUCAACGGCUCAUGCGAGAUGAAGGCCAUUAG